GGCGCUGCCGGGGGGGAGGGAGCUCGCUCGCCAUGCAGCGCUUCACCGUCAACAUCAAGCUGCCGGCGCGGACCCUGACGGGCGCCCUCAGCGCGCCCAACCGCGGCGCCGCCGACUGGGGCUGGCAAGGCUUGAUUGCGUAUGGAUGUCAUUCCCUCGUGCUGAUAGUGGAUGCCAAUACUGCUCAGACUUUGCAGGUUCUGGAGAAACACAAAGCUAGUGUUGUCAAGGUCAAAUGGGCCAAGGAAAAUUACCACCACAACGCGGGCUCCCCGUACUCCCUGCGCUUGGCGUCCGCCGAUGCCACCGGCAAGAUCAUCGUGUGGGAUGUGGCGACGGGAACGGCUCGCUGUGAGAUACAGGAGCAUUCAAAACCAAUCCAAGACAUGCAGUGGUUGUGGAAUCAAGAUGCUUCCAGAGAUUUGCUGCUUGCAGUUCACCCCCCUAACUAUAUUGUACUGUGGAAUGCAGACACAGGCACCAAACUUUGGAAGAAAAGCUAUGCUGAAAAUAUCCUGUCUUUCUCAUUUGACCCCUUUGAUCCGUCACACUUGGCUUUGCUCACCAGCGAAGGAAUCGUGUUCAUCUCUGACUUCUCUCCUUCCAAAGCUCCUGCCAGCUCAGGGAAGAAAGUUUACAUCUCUAGUCCCCAUUCCAGUCCCUCUCACAACAAGCUGGCUGCUGCUACAGGGGCCAAAAAGGCCCUUGACAAAGUAAAAAUCUUAAUCAGCAAUGAGAAACCAAGCGCUGAAUCUGUAACCCUCAACGACUGUCUCCAGUUGUCGUAUUUGCCUUCCAAGAGGAACUACAUGCUCUUAUUGUAUCCCAGAGAGAUCCUGAUCCUGGACUUGGAAGUGAAUCAGACCGUGGGUGUGAUUGCCAUUGAAAGAACAGGUGUGCCUUUCAUCCAGGUGAUUCCUUGUUUCCAGAGGGAUGGGUUGUUUUGCCUCCAUGAAAAUGGUUGUAUAACUCUGAGGGUUCGCAGAUCCAACUGCACCUUAACUGGAACUCCAAGUGAAGAGCCAG